AUGUCGAGUAGAGCGAGUAAGCGUGUGAGUUUCAGCCCUGAUGUCAACGAUAAACCAACGGUCUUUCUCAAACAGGGAGGCAGUAAAAGAUCAGCCGGAAAAAGGAGGAGAGUCAUCAUUGGAAUUUUCGGUUUUAGAGUACCCAGAAGUUCAAGAUUUUCACCUGGAAGCUUACUCAGGCGUCUGGGUGGUGAAGUAGCAAGAGCUCUCCGGUUUGUGUCCACCCGAAAGAGGUCUUCACGUAAAGUUUCUUCAUCUACCUUGCAAAGAUCAAGAUCAUUAGCAGACUCAAUCGAUUCUCAUAGAGCUGAAGCUAUAGAAGAUUGCAUCGAGUUCUUGAAUACUUCUUCCUCCAUGUCAAGAUCAAACUCAGUUUCUGCAAGUUCAUGCUAG